AUGUCGACGUCUACAGAUAGAUGUGAUAAAUUUCUUGACUCAUAUUUAGUAAAUUCAUCUAUAUUACAGAAUAAAAGUGAAAUGAUUGAUUUGAAAAAUGUUAACCAUGAAUUAUCACAAUCAUCAAUGAUCAACCGUAAUACUAAUGGUAUGUGUUUAUUUAAUCCAUCAAUAGAGACAUUACAAAUGUUCUAUACAUCAAAACAAAAUCAAUUAAAAUCUCCUCUAACACCAAUUAUGACUAUUCCACGACCUGAACAACUUUUAGCUUUAACAAUGUUACAUAAUCAUAAAUCUAUAAAAUCAUCUUCAAUCAAUAAUCCUGAUUAUAUUUCAUCACAAUCAAAUGAAUUUAGUCAACAGUUAAAAAAUAUAUCAUUGAAUACAUUCCCUUCAUCGAUAUAUAAUAGUAAUAAUAAUAAUAAUAAUAAUAAUGGGCUCUUAGAUGUGAUGAUUAAUCAUCAAAAUCAACCUGAUCAUCAUCAUCAUCAUUAUGAUUUUAUGCUGACUUAUUUAAAAAUGUUGGAAAGAUCAAAAAAUUAUAUUAAAACCUUCAUUUCCAAUUUAAAUUCUACUGAAAUUUAUACUGAUCAUAUUUCAUAUGAGACUACAACAAAAUGGUUAUUAUCAUUAAGAAAAAAUAUACAUACAUGGAAUACAUGUUCAAAUAGCGCGGAAUUUAGACAUCCAAUUAAAACGAAAAUUUCACAAACACUAUUCAAUGCUCAAUGUAAUGAUAACUGUAAUAAUAAUAAUAAUGAUAACAAUAAUAAUAAUGAUACUGAUGAUGAUCAUGAUCAUGAUGAGGAUAACGGUAGUAAUAAUAUUUGCCAGCAUAAUGAAACAAUAUCACAUGUUUAUGAUGUUUUCAAUUCAGAUUAUUCAGAAGUUCAAGGAUUGUCUACAGUAUUUACAAAUCAAUUUUCAUCAAGACGUGAACGUUAUAGUUGUCAUUUUUGUGGUAAACUAUUUCCUAGAUCAGCUAAUCUUACACGACAUAUACGAACACAUACUGGAGAACAACCAUAUAAAUGUAUUCAUUGUCCAAGAUCAUUCAGUAUUAGUUCAAAUCUACAACGUCAUAUACGUAAUAUACAUCAAAAAGAGAGACCAUUUCAUUGUAAUGUUUGUUUAAAACGUUUUGGACAACGCGCUAAUUUAGAACGACAUAUUCGAAAUCAUUUAAUCAGUAAACAUCAUCAUCAUCAUCAUCAUCAUUCACAUUCCAGUCACCUUUCUACUUCACGUCAACACUAUCAACAAUCUUCAGGUGAACUACACAACUUAUUGACUAGUAAAAAUAUUUAAUUAAAAAAAGAAUUCAUUCCAUCAUUAUAUGAUGUACUUAUCAUUUGUGCUGUAACAAACAAUAAUAAUUUAAUUGAAUAAUUAAAUAAUUGAUUAAUUUUUAUUGGUUUAUGACUAGUUGACAAUCUGUUUGUGUAUUUUUACACUUGAUUUCACUUCUUGAUACUUAAUUGUUACAUGUUAAUUCUUCAUUUGAUUGUUUAUUCAUUUUUCUUUGAAUGAUUAUUUAAGUAAGCGAAGUGAUUCAUCAAUCAGGCAUACUAUUUCGCUUACUUUAUGAUUUAGUGUUUAUUCUAUGAUGAUCUAUUGUUGACAUCUUUACCUUCUGUGUUUUUUUCUUCUUGUUUCUUACCUGUAUGUAUGUCAAGUUUCUCUUCCUUUUUUCAGUAUCAAAAUACUCUGUAUCAUGUCAACAUUAAUCACAUUCAUACACAAAUAUAUACAAUUGUAUACAAAUAAACAAGAUGAAAGUUGUAUCCGCUUGAUGAUAGGUUUUUGUUAAUAUGUUAUUAGUAAUGACAAUUAAACUAGUGGAAAAAUCUAAAAUUUACCAUAUCUUUAAAAUAGAUAAA